AUGAAUAAAUACUAACUAUUAAAAAAUCAUAUUCAACAAUUGAUCCAUUAAAAUAAUACUACUAAUAUCUUGUUCAUUAGACAUGGAUAAACUAAUUAAAAUUUAAGUAAUACAAUAUGUGGUUGGACGGAUAGCAGAUUGACAAUUAGAGGUAUUAUCAUUAUAGAUAAUUAUUUUAGGAAGAGAAUAAUCUAAUCAAUUAUUAUAAGCUUUAUUACCAUUUCGUGAACAAUUUAAAGGAAUUUAUACAUCUGAUUUGAAAAGGGCAAAAGAAACAGCUUAAAUAAGUUUAGGAUUUCCUCAUGAUAAUUAUAUAAUUUAAGAUAUUCGUUUAAGGUUGAUAUAUAAAAUUACACAAAAGAGAGCUCAAUUUUGGAAAACAUGAGAAUAUUGCAUAUUCUAUGUUAGAUUAAGAAACAAAGGACACUAUUUUCACUUUAUAAUACUAAGCUCCUGGAGGAGAAUCCUGGGUAUAAGCUUGUGAAAGAGCUAUGUAAUUAGUGAAGGAGAAAUGUAAUUAAAAUGGUACAUAUUUGAUGUUUUCUCAUGGAGUAAAUUAAAUAAAGAUAAUUAAAAGGGAUUGAUAUGUACUAUCACAUAUUAUUUGGGACUAUAGAAUUCAAUAGGGAAUUGCAGCUGCGUAGGUUUAGAAUAUGAUAAAGAGAAAAAUGAGAUGAAAUAAAUAUAGUUUAAAUGGGAAAUGCCACAAGAAGAUAGUGAAUUAGAAAUAUGAG